UCUCUCUCUCUCUCAUUCUAUUGCAGUUUGAUUAUCUCAAUGUCAAGUGCAACAGAUUAUUCUAAGUUAUUGCUCAACGGUAGAAAAUCCUCACAUAAGAGAUGGCGGACUGCUUUUGCUGUUAUCUAUUCUUUCAGAGCUAUGCUUUCUCUUGCUAAUGACAUCUUAUCUAAGAAGAAGUCCAUCAACAGUCACCUUCUUUCUAAGUUCUCAUCCAAUCAGCCUCACGUCACCAUCGAUGUUGAUGUUGAUGACAGUAGUAAUUUAUGCUUUUCUGUCGUAGACCAAGAGAGCCUGACUAAGAUUGUGAAAGGGAAAGACUUAGAUUCCCUUAGCUUUCUUGGAGGGGUUGAAGGAAUCAUGGGUUCUUUGGAAUCCGAUGCAGAGAAAGGAAUCCGAGGUAAUGAUGAACAUAUCCGUCGCCGGCGUGAUGUGUUUGGUUCUAACACCUAUCUCAAGCAGCCUCUUAAAGGAUUCUUCUCCUUUGUGCUGGAAGCCUUCAAAGACCAUGUGAUUCUGAUUCUUCUUGGUUGUGCUGGUCUCUCUCUCGUCUUUGGUAUCAAAGAACAUGGCUUGAAAGAGGGAUGGUACGACGGUGGGAGCAUAUUCAUUGCCAUCUUUCUAGUUGUGGUUGUCUCUGCCAUUAGCAAUUUCCGUCAAGCGAGGCAAUUCGACAAGCUUUCUGACAAGAGCAAUGACAUUGUGAUUGAUGUCAUGAGAGACGGACGGAGGCAAAAGAUCUCCAUCUUUGAAGUGGUAGUGGGCGAUGUCGUGUGUUUAAAGAUCGGUGAUCAGAUUCCUGCCGACGGUUUGUUCUUGAAUGGUCAUUCCUUACAACUUGAUGAAUCGAGCAUGACAGGCGAGAGCGAUCACGUGAAUGUUGAUAAAAUCAAGAAUCCAUUCCUGUUCUCUGGUACCAAGGUGGUAGAUGGGUAUGCCCAUAUGCUUGUCACAUCCGUCGGCAAAAAUACGACAUGGGGCGAGAUGAUGAACUCAAUAAGCCUCGACAUGAAUGAGGAGACACCAUUGCAAGCUCGCCUCAACAAGCUCACUUCCUACAUAGGGAAAAUUGGUUUGAGUGUUGCUGUUCUAGUCCUGAUCGUGUUGUUAGUUCGUUACUUCACUGGAAAUACGACGGAUGAGGAUGGACACCGGGAAUUCAAUCGUGGGAAGACGAAGAUUGGAGAGGUGAUGAACUCAGUAGCGAACAUUUUUGCUGCUGCUGUCACUAUUGUGGUGGUGGCGAUUCCAGAAGGUCUACCAUUGGCUGUUACUCUUACGCUUGCUUAUUCGAUGAAGAGGAUGAUGGCCGAUCAGGCAAUGGUUCGGAAGCUCUCUGCCUGUGAAACUAUGGGGUCUGUCAAUACCAUCUGCACUGAUAAAACUGGCACCUUGACGAUGAAUCAGAUGAAGGUGGAUAGGUUCUGGCUUGACGAAGAAUCUCUGCUGGACUCAUCCAAAAUAGCCACCAAUGUUGUUGAAUUGUUGCAUCAAGGCGUUGGUUUGAACACAACAGGUAGUGUUUAUACAUCCACUAUGGUUUCAGAGCCUGAGUUUUCUGGGAGUCCCACCGAGAAAGCGAUUCUCUCUUGGGCUGUGUUGGAUUUGGGGAUGAAUAUGGAUGGAUUGAAGAGAAGUUGGACUAUUCUCCAUGUUGAAGCAUUCAAUUCAGAGAAGAAACAGAGUGGCAUUUUAGUAAGGAAGAACGAUGAGAAGUCAAUCCAUGUGCAUAGGAAAGGAGCUGCAGAGAUGAUUCUGGCGAUGUGUUCAAAUUACUUCGACAGUAAUGGGACUAUCAAUGCCAUAGAUGAGCAGAAAAGGAUGAAAUUGGAGCAAAUCAUCGAAGCAAUGGCAGCUCAGAGUCUACGGUGCAUUGCUUUUGCCCACAAACAGAUUGCAGAAGAUAUUGUCACUAAUGGAAAUGAUGGAGUACAGAUUGAAAAACUAUCUGAAGAUGGCUUGACACUAUUAGGGAUGGUGGGCCUGAAGGAUCCUUGCCGACCUGGGGUUAGAAUGGCCGUUGAAGCUUGUAGAAAAGCCGGAGUUGCCGUCAAAAUGAUUACUGGGGAUAAUGUUUUCACUGCACGAGCAAUAGCAGUUGAAUGCGGAAUACUUGGGCCUGAUCAAGACAUGAAUGGAGCGGUCCUCGAAGGCAAGGAUUUCAGAAGCUACUCGACAGAACAAAGGAUGGAAAUGGUCAAUAGAAUUUGUGUGAUGGCAAGAUCCUCGCCAUUUGAUAAGCUUCUAAUGGUGCAGACCUUGAAACAAAAAGGCCAAGUAGUUGCCGUCACCGGAGAUGGAACAAAUGAUGCUCCUGCACUCAAAGAAUCUGACAUUGGGCUCUCCAUGGGAAUCCAAGGUACCGAAGUAGCAAAAGAGAGCUCCGACAUUGUCAUUUUGGACGACAAUUUCACUUCCAUUGUGACAGUUUUACAAUGGGGGAGAUGUGUGUACAACAACAUCCAGAAAUUCAUCCAAUUCCAGCUCUCUGUGAAUGUAGCAGCCCUACUGAUCAAUUUCAUCGCAGCGAUUUCUUCCGGCGAUGUUCCACUCACAGCAGUCCAACUAUUGUGGGUGAACCUGAUCAUGGACACGUUAGGCGCUCUGGCUCUGGCUACAGAGCGGCCCGCCAAGGAGCUGAUGGAUCAGAAGCCAGUGGGCCGCACUGAGCCACUGAUCACCAAUAUCAUGUGGAGGAAUCUCAUUGCUCAGGCUCUAUAUCAAAUCACAGUCUUGCUGAUAUUGCAAUUCAAGGGGAAGUCGAUCUUUGGCGUGGACGAGAGGGUGAGAAACACAUUAAUUUUUAACACUUUCGUGUUGUGCCAAGUUUUCAAUGAACUCAAUGCCAGGAAGCUGGAGAAGAAGAAUGUGUUUGAGGGGAUUCAUCGUAACCGUCUGUUUAUUGGCAUCGUAGGGUUCACGAUUAUUUUGCAAGUGGUGAUGGUGGAGUUUCUGAAUAGGUUUGCUGAUACAGAGAGAUUGAAUUGGGGGCAAUGGGGUGUUUGUGUCGGAAUCGCUGCUGUUUCUUGGCCAAUUGGUUGGCUUGGGAAGUGCAUACCUGUGUCUGAUAAACCCCUGUUUAGCUACCUCAAGCAAUUAGUAUUUUUUAAGUUUUAGACUAGGAAUUCUUAUUAGCAUUCUGUUUUUAUAAUUUAAACUCACCGUGAUGGAUA